CUUGUGUACCAUCUGAGAGCAACCAGCCUGCAAGACUGGGCUUGCACUCUUAUUGACAUUUUGCAGGGGUAUUGUGUUUGAUACCUGCUUCAGUGAUGCAGCCAAUGUGCAGCAAAGGUGAAUAUAGCUACCAACUUCAUUAUGCAUGCACCACCAGGAGAGUUCAACGAAGUAUUCAACGAUGUCCGUUCUCUAAUGAAUAAUGACACUCUUCUCAAGGAGGCAACUGUUCAUGCAUUUGCCCAGUAUAAUAUGGAGCAAUUCACUCCUGUGAAGAUAGAGGGCUACGAUGAUCAGGUCCUGAUUACAGAGCAUGGAAAUCUGGGUAAUGGAAGAUUUGUGGAUCCAAAGAAUAAACUAUCAUUCAAAUUUGAUCAUGUGAAGAAAGAAGGAAGUGAUGUCCACCCUCAGGAGGGUGAGCCUGCGAUAGAAUCUUGGAGAAGUGCCUGUGAUAAUGCAGUGCGGGCGUAUGUGAAAAACCACUAUCCCUAUGGCAUCUGCACUAUCUAUGGUAAGACUAUCAAUGGACAGCAAACUAUUAUAGCUUGUAUUGAAAACCAUCAGUUUCAGCCCCAUAAUUUCUGGAAUGGACGUUGGCGAUCUGAGUGGAAAUUCAAUAUCGCUUCUUCAUCAGCUCAGCUUACUGGAGUUCUGAAGAUCCAGGUCCAUUAUUAUGAAGACGGUAAUGUUCAGUUGAUGAGUCAGAAGGACGUCCAGGAAACCUUGCCAAUUACAAAUGAAGUCCAGACUGCAAAGGACUUUGUGAAAAUGAUUGAAAUGGCGGAGCAUAGUUACCAGACUGCCAUCUGUGAAAAUUACAAUGCCAUGUCUGACACCACGUUCAAAGCCUUGAGGAGGAGCCUGCCAGUUACUCGCACAAAGGUCGACUGGAACAAGAUUAUGAGCUACAGGAUUGCUCAAGAGAUGCAGAGUGCUUAAAGCAAAUGUAUACAAGAGAGGCUUAAUGUCAAUGUGUGGGAAAAAAACAAAAGGUGUGGUCUCACAAAACAGGACUCUGCAGUCACCCCCUCUUUCUCUCUCUCUCUCCCCCCUCCACCUCCCUGAAAUGUUGACUAUUUUCUGAUGAAUCAGCUUGAUGAUUUUGUUCUUGAAGUAAUGUUUGUUUUGGGAGUUGGUGGAAAGUGAUACACAGAUUUAGCCUGUUUGGUUAAGUUAAAUUGGUAAUAUGCAGCCCUCUUACUGUUGGCAUUGCUAAAGUAUGAAGAUGUUUUGUUAUCUGGUUUCAAACUAAUUUUUAUUCGUUUGGGUUUUGCAAUAAUUUUAAAUCAUUAAUGUAUUUGCUCAUGGGAGUGCAGCCACUAUGGUGGGUAAUAGCUUGAGGGUUCUAAUAACCUUGCCUAGCAGCUGAAUAACAAUUACAAUUCAUUUUAGGGUCACAGAAACCUUUUAAAUAGUAACUGAUGUUUCUUGGACUGUUACAGCUUUAGAUUGUUAUCCUAAGCUUGCUGUUUCCCUUGAUUUCUUUCACCCCUUUCUACUUUUUGUGAGGUCACACCUUGUUGCAUUGCUGUUGCAAAGGCAGAAUGGUUUGGUGUUUAAUACCUUGUUUUUUAAAAAAUCCAGAAACCAGGCAAGCUGGCUCUGCUUUACUGAAGAAAGCUUGAAGCAACAGUGUUUGAUGUCUUCCGUCCCCCCUCUCCUUUCCCCGCCUCUCACCCGACAACUCAGAAUGACCUCUAUCGUGUUGCUGAAAAUACUGUUCAUUCUUCCAUCUGAUUGAGGGUUCCUGUGUGUCAACCUUUUCAUUAGGUAGUACUCAAUUGUCACAUUCUAUGCCUUCAUUUUGGCUAUUUGCAGUUAUAUACCGCACGGAACUGGAAAGUCAGACUGGAAAACUACACUUGGUGAGGGGUUUGGGGGUGGGGAGGGAUUGGAAACAAAUGUGAACAAUUCAAUGUAUUGUUCUUCCUCCCAAACCUGUUUUACCUCAUUUUUUGAUACUUAAUAACUGUAACCAAUGGCAGAAACAGUGCACCAGCAGAGGGGGAUGGCCACUUGCUCACUUAGGCUGGAGCAGUUCAGAGAUGGUAAAGAAUGGAUCCUGAAACACGUCGAUUGGUUGAAGAAGGAAACUACAAGCAAAAAAGGGAUGAGAACAGACAUUGAGGUGGUGAUCACCUUGAGCAGCCCUCUCUUGCUCCAUUAUAAUAUUUGCCUAAGGUCCUGAUUUCAAGGUGCUUGCAUGACCUGUGGCAUCAUAUGCCACAUGGUGAAGCUAGUUCUGUUCCAUUCCUGAUUGUAAUGAGGAGAAAUCGAUGUGCCAGGAAUAUGUGGCUGACUGGAAUUGGCCGGUAGCAAGAGUGGGUGUUGCAUCUUUUUAUUUAGGAUUGACUGCAAUUCACGGUUGUUUGGGUCCAAAAUCUGCUGGUCAGUUGCUGUAACCUUUUCUGAUCAGUGACUGGAUAACUGGAUGGGAAUGUAGAAACAGAACAGAAGGAAAGUGGCCGUAAGUUAAAUUGCGGUUGUUGAUGUUUAAUAUUUUUACUGUAUUAACUUGCACAGGACCAAUGUAAAGCAAAGUCAAUGGAACAAGUGGCAGCCUUGUAUUAUCCAUACAAAUAUUUUUUACAGAAUUCUGCACUGGUAACAUUUUUGGAAAAAGACAAGUUGUAAAGUAACUCCCUAACUCAAUCUCCAAAAAGGCUUUGCUUUUUACUUAAAAUGGAUUGUUUUGUACUGUAUUUUGCUUUUAUUAAAUUUGAAAUGCUA